AUGACCCUAGAUGUAAGAUCGAAACGGAAAGUGUCUUUUCGCGACUUGUAUUGCACUAACCCUUGUAACGACAAGAAGCGUAUCGAGGAGACCAAUGGUGGAUUGCUGGUAGACUCCUACCGCUAG